CAGCCCUACUUGUAGGGUAUCUGGUCACACUGACGGGUACACGUAGAAAACAAACAGACGACGUUUUCUAUUGGUUUAAAUUGGUUUAUUGGUUUUAAACAAAACCAAGUAUCGCAAUGCAAUAAUCCAAGUGCCGAAAUCAGCAACAAAUCCCCACCUGCCGGCCACUAAGUGUCCGGGAACAGGCAACACAUUCGUGUAACUGCAGCAAGAGCUGACAAGGUCCAGCGACAGCCAAAACCGAUCCGGACACCCAAAAUGUUGGGCGGCAAGCGGACAAGCUCCCGUCACGUUGCUGUUGUACUGCUGAUGUGCCUGUUCUGGUACAUCAUCUCGUCCAGCAACAAUGUGAUUGGGAAAAUGGUGCUCAACGAAUUCCCCUUCCCCAUGACCGUCACCCUGGUCCAACUGUGCAGCAUCACGCUCUACAGCGGCCCCUUCUUCAAUCUGUGGCGCAUACGAAAGUACCAGGAGAUACCGCGCCCCUACUACUGGCGCCUGAUCGUUCCGCUGGCCAUUGGCAAGCUCCUCGCCUCGGUCACCUCGCACAUAUCGCUGUGGAAGGUGCCCGUCUCCUAUGCACACACUGUCAAGGCGACGAUGCCGCUCUUUACCGUUGUGCUGACGCGCGUUUUCUUCAACGAGAAGCAGCCGACGCUCGUGUACCUGAGCCUGUUGCCCAUUAUCACCGGCGUGGGCAUUGCCACCGUUACGGAAAUCUCAUUCGAUAUGCUGGGCCUGGUCAGUGCCCUCAUCUCCACCAUGGGCUUCUCCAUGCAGAACAUAUUCUCCAAGAAGGUGCUGAAGGACACAAACAUUCAUCAUCUGCGACUGCUGCAUCUGCUGGGCAAGCUGUCGCUGUUCAUUUUCCUGCCCAUUUGGUUGUACAUGGACAGCUUAGCUGUCUUCCGCCAUUCGGCAAUUAAGAAUAUGGACUACCGGGUUAUAGCGCUGCUCUUUGCCGACGGCGUGCUCAAUUGGCUGCAGAACAUCAUUGCCUUCAGCGUGCUGUCGCUCGUCACGCCGCUGACGUAUGCUGUAGCGAGUGCCUCGAAGCGCAUAUUCGUUAUUGCCGUCUCGCUGAUAAUACUGGGCAAUCCCGUAACGUGGAUCAAUUGCCUGGGCAUGACGCUGGCCAUUGUCGGUGUGCUGUGCUACAAUCGUGCCAAGCAAAUCACAAAGUCCAGGGAGCCGCCAACGUUGCCGCUAACGCAAAGCAAUCACAUUAAGUAUACGCCGCUGCAGCAGCAAACCGAUCCGUACUAUCGCGGUGCCAUGAAUGGCAAAAUGACAAAUGGACUGCACAAGCCCGGCAACAGCCUGCUGGCCAAUGGCAGUGGCAUGCCCAGUGGGACGGCUACACGCUUGCUCUUUGUUUAGUUAUUAGUUAGAGAAUUUAUACCCCCCCAACACCCCACUCUCGCCGUAAUAGCUCUCUGACUAUGCGUGGGGUUACCCACGAGCCAUGAUCCCUGAAGCCCCCCCUGAACCCUGAUGUAAAUUGUAUUUUUGAUAACCUUUUUUGAGUGCGUUUUUCCGUGUGUGUUUUUGUACAUAAGUAGCUUGAGGUUUGCCCCCACACACCCCUUCCCUCCCUCCUCUUUUGUUUCUUUUCGGAAUUCGAUGAAGCCGUCAAGUGUAUUCAGAAAGCGUGUGUGUGCCACAAUAAAAUGUUAACCUUGUACAUAGGCAUAGAAAAUGCAAA